AUGACGUGUUCUAUUUAUUAUGGAGGCUGCUGUGGGCUGGGGUAGUGGAAGAUUGAGAAACAUCAAAAUCGGGGAAGUCUUACCUGGAAAGUGUUUAAUGUUCUCGUAAUUUCUACACUGUGGAUGUACGUUGAGAAAUAUUCUUGUCACAACAACAACGCACCAUCAGAAGAAGUAUUCAGAAAAGUAGUUGUAUAAGAGUUCUUCAGAGAACUAACGUUUAUAACCUUGGUAACUUUUUGCUGGUUCCGCUAUCGUCAAAGUUUUCCUUCAUUUAAGAAAUUCUAGGCAGUCCUUGAAGGUGGAUCCUUUUGUAUUAUCGGUCAGCCAUUUAUUAUGGAUCUGACUGCUGAAGUGCCCGUCACCUUAGUAGUAAAAGCCGCGAACCAGCGAAUUGCAGACCAAACAGUGGAAUGCGUUUUAGGAUGGACUAUCAGAAAACUCAAACAGCAUCUUGAAAAUGUUUAUCCAAGCAAACCGAAACACCAUCAGCAAAAGUUGAUCUACUCUGGCCAGUUACUGGCAGAUCAUCUCACAUUAAAGGAAGUUUUAAGACAGUAUGAUUCUGAAAACUCAAGGCAUACUGUUCACCUUGUGUGUAGUCCAAGUGUGGAUGCUCUCUUACAACCUUCCCCAGCUCAAAGCAGUGUCACAGACUUGAAACAAGAACCUACUGGUUCUGCAGCAGUUUCUGCUUCUUCGUCCUCUUCCUCUAGCAAUUCCGCUUAUGAUAUGGAUGGGUUGCGUUACCGUUCAUUUCAGUCACAGAGUACAUCUAGCCCAGAUUUGCCAAAUGCUGGUGCAAACCCAGCAGUGGCCAUGCCUGGCAUGCUGGGAGUGGAAGGUAUGCCUAUGAUGGGUUUGCCGGGAUUUACAUACACACCAGAGCAGCUGGCCUGGAUGCAGGAGGUGUACUCUCAGUACAUGGCCAAUUACAUGCAGUACUAUGGAUACCAGCCCUAUGUGCCGCCUCAAACACACCCUACUGCAGCCCCUGUCCCAGAGCAGCCAGCUAACCGCAACGAUGUAAACAAUGGACAACCCAAUCAGAACAUGCGCAUGAAUGCACAAGGAGGCCUUGAAGAGGAUGAGGAAGAACUUGAACACAGAGACUGGCUAGACUACCUUUAUGUCUUCUUUCGAUUUUUGGUCCUGCUCAGUAUUGUGUACUUUUAUUCCUCUGCAACACGAUUUGUUGCCGUGUCCCUUGGAUUUCUCUUUAUUUACAUGUUACAAAAUGGUUGGUUGAAUAAUCAACAACAACAGCAGCAAAGGGUCCCUCAGGCACCAGCUGAGCCUCAGCAACAACAGCCCUUGCCUAGAGAAAGACAGCAAAAUGAAGUGCAGACCGAAGAUCCUGUAAGACAAGCUGAUGCUCAGGGUGCUGCUAGACCAGCAGGGGAAGGUUCUACAACAGAGGCUGCUGAGAAUGAGGCAUCUGGGACACCUGCAGAGCAGCAACGGAAUGAAAUCCCAUCAUCAACAGAAGUCCUCUUCCGCAUGUUCACAACAUUCUUUUCUUCUCUUAUACCUGCACGACCACCAGCUGUCAAUGGCAACUAAGUGCUGUACAUCGCCUUGUGUGUUCCGAUGAAAGUUUAACCUUUGUAAAGGAGAGUGAGUAGAAAAUGUCAUACCAUUCAUCAGAUGAAAGUGACCAUCUGGCACACCUUGCAAUUGAUUUCAAUCAAGAAUCUUCAAAAGUCAGAUUACUUUGGGAUUAGAUGUGAAUGGGGUGACAACCAAAUGCUAAUGACAUAAAUUGAUGUGCUUGAUUGAACUUCAAGUGGAGUGAAAUUCCAGAGGAGAAUAUGAUUAUUGGAUGCUAUUAUGAUCCAUUAUCUUGUCAGAAAAUUUUCCAUUUGAGGAAGCAUUUGACAUAUCCUCACUGUGAUCAGUGUGCUCUGCAAAUAAGGAAGUUUGACAGAACUUCUACAUGUAUCUAAGGGCAUCUUUAUUUUUAAAAGGAAAAUGGGAGGUUAGUUUUUGAUAAGUCCUGUGUUGGGUUCAUCUUUAACUGCCAGUGCAGAGUGAGAAAUCUGAAGUACAGAAGAAUGUGGCAAGAGGAGGGAUGUGUGUGUGCGCGCUAUAUGAGAUGGUGCUUCCAAUGCUAAAAACAGCAAUUUUCUUUCCUUUUUUUUUUGAUUGGGUUUGCCUAGUAUUAAAAACUGCAGGUUGCAGAGGUUUCCUUAAUAAAAUAAUGAUAGUAUCAAGUUCUGUGUGAUAUUCAAGACAUGAUGAGGGCCAAAAUAAAAAAAAUAAUUUACUAAUGGUGGAUAUCUCAUUUUGCAAGCACUUUUUUUUCAGUGUUCAAAAAUGUCUUUUGCCACACAUUCUGUUUAUUUUUUUACAUUUCUUGGAUAGAUUUAUUUUAAAUUUUAAGUAGCACAUUGGUAAAGGUGUUUCUAAAAUUGGACCAUAUUUGUCUUGUAUUCUUUGCAAGAUCUAAAUAGCAUAUUAAUAAUAGAUUGUUUUUUUAUAGAAGUGAACAGUGCGCAUGUGUGUGUGCGUAAUAGAGUAAACCAGUUCGAUAACAGUCUUUCAAACCUAAUGCAUUAAAUAUAAUUUUGUUCGUGGCUCAUUCUAGUGAAUUUUCUUUUAAAAAGUUGAAUGCUUUCAAUAUGAGAUGGAAUAGUUGCACCUCAAAAAGAAGGAAAAAACUAAUUGCAUGAGCUAAGCAGCAUGUUAAAUGCAUCUAUUAUUGCUCCUUAUGCCAUACUUCUGCAGUGCUUAGAGACCUCUAAAGCCAUACAAGAGCACAAAUGUUUGUGUUCAUGUUAACGCAAGAUUAUGCACUAAGCCUGUUUAAGAAUCGUGAUAACAAAGGCAGUGCAUGUUUGUAUGAAAUGUUUUUGUACAGUAGUCAUCAUUAAUACUGCAUCAGUAAUUUUAUUAAAUUAGAAAGGUUCCUUCACCAGUAAUUAUUUGCAACCAUUCUUAGCAAAUAGUUUUGCUAUGCAUGUGUGUGCACAAAUUUAGAACAGUUUGUGUUAAUAAUUUUGACUGUUUUGUGCUCUAUUUUGUCAUAUUCUUAAGGACUUCUACUUUUCAACCCUAUAUCCUAUUAAACUUGAAAGGUCCCUAGAAUUUGAAAUCCAAGGAAGGUGUGAUAAACGAUUUUCAAGUAUUGUGUUGUUUUGGAGAACAAUCUUUAAAUCCACAUGUAAUAUUUUAUAACUUUGUUGCUUGCUUACCUGCUUGUAUGUUAUUAACAUAAAUUUCCAAAUGAACUAGAUUUUUAUCUUGCCAAAACAACAGGAAAAUUGAGCAUUAAAGCAGAUUCAGAAAACUAAGCUAACAGCAACCAGAUAAAUGACCUGAAAUAACUCACUUGUUUUCAAUUUGUGCUUCAUUAACGUUGCUCACAGAUAGUGUGAUAGUAUAAAGGAUAGUAUGAUAGGAACUUUUAAACAAAUUAAAAUGUAUUUUCAGUUGAAGCAAAAGUGGGAUUUUUUAUUUGUUCCAUUUCUAUUACGGCAAUCAUCUUGUGUCUAGAGAUAUCCAUUAAACUUCUUGAUGACAGGGAAAGACCUCAGAAAUCUUUAAAUCCAUUUUUUUAAUAAGGGAUCUGAAGAUUUCCAUGUGCACAUAACAGUAGCAGUAUCCAACAUUCUUAUUUUGCUUUCAUUGAGAAUACCUUUUGGAUUAGGAAUAGUCCUGUGCAUGUUUGAGUUUAUAGCAGUUUGCUGGCUUGCUGCAAUUAUAAUAUAUAUAUACUUUAAGCAAUCAUCAACUGCAAGCCAAGUAUCAGCUAUGUAGGUGUUUUUUGUGUGGUUUUUUUAUUUAAUUUAAUUUUUUUUUGUUUGGUACAUUUUGCCCAUUUGAUGCUAGAGAGGAUAAACUACAGAGAUUUUUGUUGUGGGGACAACGGCAAUCAUUGAUGUCUGUAUAUACAAGCAGUGCUCAAAUACCUUAAUUCCUUAUUAUACAGUUUGUUUCUAGCACUCCAAUUGCAAUCAUUACUUGUUGUUUUGUUUUAUUUUUCCUUUGUUUCGUUUACUUCAAUAACAAUCAUUUUUGGCAUAUAAAUUUUGACCUUUGUACAAGUGUAACAAUCAACAUGGUUACUACCUUAAUCCAUAACAAAUAUGCCUAAUGGGGACAGCCAAUAUAGAUACUUGGUCAUAUGGUCAUUGGCAUAUUUUUAUGGAAAAUUAUUUUUCCUUCUGUAAGGACAUCUUUCUACAUAGUUUUUUUUUGUUUUAAAGCUCAUGGAAGUGCAAAUUUGGAUAUAGAUGGCACUUCUGUUAUGAGUGGUCUACCAUUGUGUGCAAAAUAUUCAACAAGGUGAGACAUUUGAAAUGCCAAGAGUGUGGGUGAGUGGCAGGGGAGCUGUGUGUAUGUGUGUCAGUGCGUGUGUGGGGUAGAGAGAGAAAUGGAUGUACAUAAGCAAGUUCAAAGAAGCAGGAUUUCUAAAUUUCACUGUUUCCUGCUUGGGGAUUGUCAUUGCUUACCAUAGAGUAACUAUUUUAGUGUUAUACUGUAGUAUUUCCUUACAACAUGUGACUGUACAGAAUAAAGUUUUUAAAUAGCAUA